CUCCGAUACGUCUGGAUUCGGAUCGUUGACAUUUUCGUAUUCCAGUUGUAAACUCGAAUCGUACUACACAACUCGGUGUACACGACAAACAUUUCAUUUCCCGUUCAACAUUUCAAUGCCAGGCAGGUCGGGAAUCGUUUCGACCGACUAAACACGACGUUUAAAUCAGAAAAAACGUCUGGUAAUCGUAAAAGAGCGUUCGAUUCAGUAGAAAAGAGAAAGCGGGGCGUACGUCGAACGCGACUCGGUGUUCUUCACGACGCUCGAUUCAUCGAAACGUACAUCCGACUAAAACAACGAUCUCACACUCGGAGUACUUUACACGUUCAUCGAGAGUCACGAAUACAUUCGAAGCAAACAUUCUAAAAAAGCGACUCGAAUUCGAAAGGACCUGAAAGAACUCACGCGUUCGACACGAACAGUCAAAUUCAUAAUUCGUACCUCGGACGAAAGUUCCCGCGCACGUGCGACAGUGGGCGCUGAACAAUACGUACUGGCACUACACACAGACGCUACUUCGGUCCGUUCUCCCGCUCGUAACCAGCUCAGAACGAACCUCGUCUCUAAGGGUUAGAAACGCUGAGAAAUACCUCAGAAUGGUAAAUUAUUGCAUCGUGCCUGGUUGCAAAACGAAUCGUCGAAACGAAAUAAAAUUACCCGUAUUCCAAUUCCCCAAAGAUCCAGUUCUGAAAGAGGAAUGGAAAAAGGUGAUGGGAAUCGAAAAUCUAAACGACAAACAACAUCGAGUCUGUCAGAAACAUUUCGCGCAAGAAGACGUGAUAACUCACACAAACUUCUUCGACUCUUCCGGGAACAUCAUAGCCACGUUACCUUCGAAGAUACCAAGACUAAAGAAGAACGCCAAACCGUGUUUCAUACAAAUCAGUGCAGAAGAGGAGGCCGCUAUCAUCAGUAGAAACUCGAAGAACUGGGACACAGAUUCAUCGAACAAGAAGAAGAAGAAGAACAACAACAACAACAACAACAACAACAACAACGAAACAACGAGCGAGAACGACAACGCGUCACACGGUCAAGAAGCAAACACCAGCACGUCGAACGACGAAGAAACGAACAACGAGUCAGACACGAGGCACGAAGAAGAAAAUCUCACGCGUCACGAAGAAGAAAACGCCGCGUCGCCCGAAGAAGAAAGUACAGAGCACGAAACAGAAAACAACAGCGUGAGAAACAACUUUCUGAAUCUGUGUCGAAGUUUCAAAGAAGUAAUACUACCGGAAAACUGUUAUUUAAACUUCUCGACAGAGAAAGAACACAUCGCACUGUUCGAAAUUUGCAUCGUCGAGUCGAACGAAAGAAGCAACACGAUGGUAAAACGAAGCUUGAACAUACACAACAACUCAGAAAUUCAUUACUCGGUAGGGAACAAAGCCAUCGAACCAGAGUGGUUCAAUUUGAAAUCGAAAGUGGAGAAUGUGAACGAACUGGAACUGUGUUUUCAACAAUUCUUCACGAUGUACGUGUGCGAGGGAAUAGCCGACUUGAAAGACGUGGACUUGGUGAAGGAGAAAAUAUCGUACACGGACAGUCUCGGUGUUCUGAGACACCAGCGAUGCAGACUACUGAGCGCGAACGAGAAGUGCAACACGUGCGCCAGGGUACGGAAAACGAUAUCACAAAAGAAGUUACGCAUGAGCAAAAGAAACGUCGGUGGGACGGAAGCAGGAGGAGGAGGAUGGGACUCGUCGAACCCGGAGGCAGCGAACCAAGACUCGUUACACGCAUGGAAGAGGACGGUGCGAGCUCAACGAAAGGCGAUCUAUCGCGCCAAGUCGAAAAUAAAAAAAUUGAAGAGCGAGAUGGACAAGAUAAAGACGAACAUAAAAAACGUGAACUUGAACGACUUGUUGGAGAACUGUGUGAAAAACAAAAUUCCCGACGUACAAAAAGUGCUGAUUCAAGAGAUCGUUUCACUGGCGAAAAGCAAGAAUCAAAACGGUCACAGGUACAACGAGAGUUGGGUAACGCUGUGUCUGCUGUUGCACAUUCGUUCUCCAAAGGAAUACAGACACAUGCGAAACAUCAAUCUGUUACCUCUUCCGUGCGAGCGCACGAUAAGAAAAUAUCUGUCUCUGACGCGUGCGAACCGUGACACGUAAAACGAAGACCGUAAAAUCGUGGGAGCGACGCGGUCGAGGCGUCGGAGCGGAGAAAAACCGGCGCGGCACGACGAGGCGCGGUCGAGGGGCCGUACCAGCGCGGGGCACUGGAAACGAACGUUCUCGGCGCCUCGGGAGACGGCGCACGAGUCGGUCACGGACUCGGAACACGGUCGUAGAAGAAAAUCACGUGACACGGUCGACAACGACGGACAAAGACAAUUCCGUAAAAUCGGAAAAAGGUCGGACGGAACGGUGGAUCGAGAAAAAAGAACGGCGAAAAGCCGCCGAAAGUCCGAGCGACAACACCGGUAGGGCCCCUGGAUCCGCGAGAGAGUCCGCGGAAGCCCUCGGACAGCGCGACGCAAAGACCUCGACGAUCGAUCUCGGAGCAUCGGAAAGAAGACGAGCGAGAAAGCGAAACCCGGUGGAGCGACUACGUCGGGCAACGAUCGAGCGACACAGACGACGAACGGUGGAAGACGAGACGAAAAGCAGCGAGACAAAAAGUAGGACGGAGCGCGGAGGAACCGUGGGACGACGCGCAGACCGAGGACGCGCGCGGAAAUUUCUAGUUUUAUAAGGAAAAAUAAAGAAAGAAAACGCAGA